AAUUGUGUUAUCAAGAAUGUCCGUGGGGUUUCUAACCAUUGGAAGAGAGAAUGAAGUAACCUGUUUACAGCAGAGUCGUCAUCAAAAUGUUCCAGUAAACUGUCAGGGUGAUUAAGAGUCACUGAUCUUUAACAGUCUGCUGCUUUUGUCAGACAGUCUUGGUCUUAAAGACACAGCGUCAGUUUAAGACCAAGGUGAAAACAAGAAGUUCAUCUUAUCUGUAAAAAAAAUUGAACUUUUACAAGACAAAAUAAUUAUGUAGAGCUUGCCUGAUUUGUUCAGAGCCCACUCACGACUGCUACAUAAAAGAGGUCAAAGGUGUCCAGACCCUUAACAACAGGUCACGACUCUGAACAGAUCUCAGAUCAGCUGAGCGGCUCACCUUCAAUCAGAGACAAAUAGAUUCAGCUGCUGUCGUGUCGUCUCUCCUCUGCUCAAAGUGACUCCUGCGAUGACCUGAUGCAGCAGCUGAAGCAGUCUGUUGUCCAGAGCAGUCAGAACAGUGUUCCAUUGUCCAAACUGGACUUAAACCCGGGGGCGACCGCCACAGUCACACACUUGAACCCAGUCAUCCACGACGGCAGACAGGAGCAGCUCAGUGUUGGAAUAUUGGACUCCCCAGCAGACGAGAUGCAAAACAGAAGACAGAAGUUCGGAACCCAGCUCCACUUGGACGUUCUGUUCAGGAAGUGUCCCACUUACUUGGCCAAGAUCGCUGUCGUCCUCCAAACAGCUCCAGGAAAAAUGCUCACUUUUACUCAGGUGAUGGACAGGCUGGUACCUGUCCUGAGUGAAGACAGGAGGUCAGUGGAGAACAACACCAGGGUCUGUUUGUCCACCUACUUGUGUUUUAUUAAGAUUCCAGUGGUUCCAAAUUCACCUCACAGCAAGAAAAACUACUGGAAACUGGACUCCAGUCAGAUCACGGCGAAGAUGGUGCGUCGUCACUUCAGAGGAAUCCUGCAGCUCUUCCCUGAGUUGGCCACCAAAAUGGAAACCGAGGCCUGGAGUGCACCCUUAGUGCCCUGCUCGGCUCUGCACUCUCCUGAGCCUGCUGCCAGGAAGUCUGAAGAGAACAAAUGUGAGGCCAAGUUCAGCAGUCCAUUCUCCAUCGAAUCCCUCCUCAAGAGGGACAGUCCAACAUCCAGGUCUUCCAGACCCCCUCCACUCUCGAGUGUUCAGGUCACUCAAGUCGGAAUAAAGAGGAGCCUUUGCUGGAAUUCUGCCGAGACUGUCCUCCUGCAAGCUUCACCCGGAAUUACCCCUGUUUGCUCAACAGGGGGCAGCACUCACCAAGGACUCGUUGCUAAAAGGAUGCACCUGAACUCAGAGCCUCCGUUCCCUCUCUACACAAGAGCAGAUCCAUAUCCCAGCAGCUACAUCACAUACUCUGUACCAGCAUUUUCCCAUGAUGCUCUCUGUUUUCGCCUGUGAUUUUUGUUUUUUUCCUCUUGGUCUAUUGCACUUUUAUAUGUUUAUAUUUGAGUGGGACGUCCAGUACUCUUAUUCAGUCUUUUCUUCAGGCACACUUGCUGAUUGUGUCUGCUCCAGUGUAAAUACUUUAGGAUUUGUUAUGAAAACAGUUCCUUGCAUUGCCGGAAGUUGUACAUUUAGAUUCAGGUGAUGCUGUGUUCGAUAGACGAGGAGUUGUAAGAGUUGUAUGAAUUUUUAUAUAUUUUUUUAAAAAUGAUUUUUGUCCGCAUUGACCACUAGAGAGCAUACUUGUGUUGUGUAAUUGGAACGCAAUCCUGUUUUGCCUAAAAAGAUUAAAGAUGUUUUUCCACUUCUUUCUUUCAUCCAUUGUGUCGUUUAUAAAACAGAAUAGUUUGGUUUCUAGAAUGACAAAACUAAAUUUCUGAUGUUUCACUGUAAAAUGAUUGAUAUCAUUAAUUGAUCUCUAUUUCUUUUUUAUAUAUAUAUUGUAGCCCUCCAUGUUGUACUUCAAGGCUGUGGUCACUCCAUUAACCCGCUGACAUGAUUUUCGGGUGAGUGACCUGCGUGGCGAGUUUGAGCUGAGCAAAUAUGCCAUAGAUGUAAUCUGUUUACUUUUCUAUUUGUAGAACAUGUACAGCACACAGGGAUUGUCUUGUCUGAACUUUAACCCACUUCAUGUAAAAACAUUUACCUUCAAAAUUGGUGACUUAAAAACACUAGACAGAAAUAUUAAAGGAAUUCAAAUAGUAUAAUAUCGUAAAAAGAAAAAAGGGGAAGUAUGGUGAGAUAUUCCAGUACCUGGAAGAUGUUUCUAAUCUAUAACUUCAGAGUGAGGCCUUGUCUUUGACAUGAAUUAUCUUCCACCCUAAUGCUGCCCUCUGGCGUUGAAGCCAAUCACUCUAAUAAUGUGAGGUCAAAUUCAUAACACUUCAUGCCCACUGUAAAGCAUUUUUCAUGCUCAACAUUUUCUUAGAGAUAACAUCAGAGCGUCUAAGUAGGUCUCGUAGUCACCAGAUUGCACCAUGGGAAGGCUGUGUCACGUGACAGGAGCUACAACAGAGUUAGGGUGAGCCCGGUAAUCGCCGUUGUGUACCCACAACAUAUUUCUGACCUCAGUGAUGAAGAUGAGCCCCUCUUAGUCUCCCAGUCAUUUACACCCAGAGUCUUUGGCAGUCAGACAACUCAGUGCAGCAUGUGACUGAAUUGAUGACAAUAAUAAAUAAGUAAAUGUCGAGAGAGGAAGGAGGUGUAAAUACAGCCAAAGGUCAGUUCCAGCAGGUUUGACAUGCCCCUGGGCAAAACACCAAAACCUCAUGGUUUUAAAAAAAUAUAUAAAAAUUAUACAGAUUAUUGAUAGAGAAUGAAGCAGCCAUAAACCAUCCACCCCCAUUGGUACUAGAUUACUAGAGAUUUAGAUAGGAAAAUGAAGUGCUAGAGUUAGAACAAAGUUAUAACACUGAGGUUAAAUAUUAACUAAACCUUUUCUAUUUGUUAUUGCGUCAGGAAAAAAAAACUU